AUGAGAUUAAAAUUUGAUGUUUUACCUUCUUUUUCUUCAAAUGAGAAUGAUUUAAUAGACAAUCACCAACAUCAACAAUUAAUAAUUUCAUCAUCAGAACAACAAAAACAACAAAAUUCUUCAAAUAACCAAACAAUUCAUCACAGACAUACAAAACAUCACACCCACACCCAUCCCCACCAUCACCACCACAAAUCCAAAGAAGAAAACCCCAACCCUCAAGAAAAUUCAAAAGAAUUACUUCCAACCUCUUCACAACAUCCCCCUUUUCUUUAUGUAAUACAUACGGAUAAUGAUGAUAAACAAUCAAAGAUAAUUUUUGGGGCAGAAGAAGGAGGAGGAAUUUCUUCGAAUGUUUUGGAACAAGAAAAUUUAGAAAACGGAAAUUUGGAAAGUUUGGAUUUGACAACAAUUUUUAAUGAAUAUUUGGAAUCAUCGUCAAAUAAACUUCAGAUAUCGUGGAAUUUGUUAAUGAUAAUAUUUAUUUUAUGGAUAUUAUAG